AUGUCCCAAGGCACAAGACUCCAAGGCAAAGUUGCCAUCGUCACCGGAGGAGGGUCAGGUUUCGGCGCAGCAAUCGCCAGACGCUUCGGCGAAGAAGGCGCCAAAGUAAUCGUCACGGACAUCAACGUUGAAGGCGGCGAAGGAGUCGCCGCACUCAACCCCUCCAAUCUCAUCUUCCAGCGCAUGGAUGUUACCCAGGAGGACGACUGGAAAGCGGUUUUGGAGUUGGCGUUCUCAAAAUUUGGGCGACUCGACGCGCUGGUGAAUAAUGCGGGCACUACCUAUCGGAACAAGCCUACGGCAGAGGUCACAGAUGCAGAGUGGGAGCGCGUGUUCAAUGUUAACGUGAAGAGCAUUUAUCUCGCCACGAAGACUGUCAUGCCACGCUUCAUCGAGCAAGGCUCGGGCGGGUCCGUGAUUAACAUUUCAUCUACUGGAGCGAGUCGGCCGCGGCCUGGGUUGGUGUGGUACAAUGCAUCCAAGGGGGCAGUUUCCAAUGCCACUAAAGGUCUCGCAGCGGAGUAUGGUCCACACAAUAUCCGAGUCAACAGCGUUGCUCCUCUCCUUUCUGGUACUGGGCUCUUCUCUAUGUUCACUGGUAUGGAGGACACCCCCGAGAACAGAGAGAAGUUUAUUGGAAAUGUGCCGCUGGGUCGCCUUACUGAGGCUGAUGAUAUUGCUAACAUGUGUCUUUAUUUGGCUAGCGAUGAGGGUCGGUUUAUCAAUGGUACUGAGAUGGUUGUUGAUGGUGGAAAGUGUGUUUGA